CUCCGAAUGGAAACCUGCUCUUUCUAAAACCAGACGUUUGAAGCCGCGGGUAAUUCCGCCCGAGCCAGGAGACAGCCGCGUUUCGCUCGUUCAAAUCACCCGGCCGUGUGUAAAUAAGUAUUUUUUCAAAGCCGGUUGCGGAACAGCUCUGCUUUGUUUUACGGACGGCGUUGGUAGCGUAAAGUCCUUCUGCCAGCUUCGGAGCCGUUGAAAAAAACACGUGCCGCGGGAUCGGCUUCAGCUCUGCCAAAAAAAAAAAAAAAACCCAAAAACCACCCCAAAAAAGACUUUUCCCAGAAAUUUCAAGGGUUUUUUUGAAGGCGGAUGUUACAGACGCUGCGAAUAUUUGCUGGUGAGCCGCAAGACAGAGCUCAAGCAGGAAAUAUUAAUAUUGAUUUGCAGGCUUCGUUACCACAAACGGGCAGGAGAGCAGCAAAAGGGGGGGAGAAGAGAAACGAGCAGGGCUGGGACGCUCGCGAAAAACAGCGCGAAGAUCCUUUUUCAUUGAAACCCCCCCCGAUAGCUGGCGAGGAAAUUCCCUCGGAGGCUCUCGGUGCUGAUCCUAAGGAUGCAUUGUUGGGGCAAAAAUUAAGGACGUUUUUUUUUGUGGAUCGGAAAAGCGAGGCGACCUCGGAGCGAAACCUCUUCUGAAGAAGAACCGCCGCUCGCCGUUGCCGUCGAACCUCCUCGAAGGCUUCGGAAGAGCAACGCCAAGAUCAAAACCCCCAACCGGUCCUACCAACGGCCCCACCGAGACGAUCCGGAGCCGCCGCGAAAGGGUUUACGGACCGGCUGGGCGGUGUCGUGCCAAAAACGCUGCCCGGGGAAGUACGGAAUGGGCGCCGGGCUGGCCGGCGUUGUCGGUUUUGUCCGUACGGUUCCGUGAACGGUUGCAACUCCAGGAAUAAACUCGGGGCCUUUUCCAGCAUCGGGGAGCUCCGGGCGCUCAGCCGGGAAGCGGGGGAACGGAGUCGGAACUGGCGGUGAAGCCCAGAGGAGACCUGGAAGAACGUCAUCCCGGGAUGUUCUUCGGGAACGGAGCCGCUCCGAUGGCUUUCGGGGGACGGCGAGCUUCUCGGCGCGCGUCUCCCUGCGACGGAGGACGUUGGAAGCAGCUCGACAGGACCGCCAGACCUGCUGCUUCUUCCCGCUGGGCUUCCGGCGAGGCGACGGAACCAGAAACGUCGCGGCGCUCUGCGAAUCCCCUCGCUAACCUUCGCGUUUCUCUUUUUUUUGUUUUUUUUUUGGUUAGCUUUUAUUUAUUUUCACGGACGCGGGGCUCACUUUCUGCGGUUCCCAGGGAACCGGCAACCCAGCACGUCCCCGUGGCGCUUCAGAGGAGCAAAACGUUUUCCCGUCGCGUGGGGCUUUUGGGGCGUGAAAAACCAUCCGUAGGUCUUGCCUAGUUAAGCGCGCGCGCUUGGGGCGUAUUUAAACCUUUGCUGCUUUGCUCGGCCGGGUGUUAGUUGUCCCCGAAAAACCUCACCACGGUGGCCUGGGAAGGGUCGUAGGGUUAAAAACAGCUGAAAAAACGAUUUUGGCUGGCGUUGCUCUGACUGCGUCCUGACGGGUUUGUAGGGAACGGGGAGAAGAUUACAAUAGUUUGUUGGUUUUGGUUGGUUUGUGGUUUUUUUUUUAAUUAUUUUCCCCGCAGCUGGUUUAGGUUUUUAUCGAGCUCUCUGGAUGUUGUAAUCCUCGGGGAUGGGAGGGAGGGGCUUGCUCUGCCAGAUGAGGUUCCCCGGGGGAAUCCAGUUUCUCCAGAUCGUCUUCUGACCGGCGAUGGCUUUAACGUUCGUUCGGGCCGAUCGCCGAACCGAAAUCACGCCAAAAGCGGAGGUGGGCAUCGCCUCACGUGGCUAAUGAUCCCGCGGCGGCUCCCGCCGCCCGCGUCGGCUUCUCCGGCAUCCGGAGCGACGGCAUUACCCGUGAUUCAGGGAAGGCAGAAGCGCCCAGAACGUGACCAUCGAUGAAAUCAUGACCGCCUACAAGCAAGCCUGCCAGAAGCUGAACUGCAAGCAGAUCCCCAAACUACUGAAGCAGAUCCAGGAAUUUAAAGAUCUGGCUCCCAGGAUAGACUGCUUAGAUCUGAAAGGGGAGAAGCUGGAUUACAAAGCCUGCGAGGCGCUGGAAGAAAUUUUCAAGCGGGUCCAGUUUAAAAUUGUUGAUUUGGAGCAAACGAGCUUGGAUGAAGACGGCGCCUCGGCGCUAUUCGACAUGAUCGAGUAUUACGAGUCGGCGACGCACCUCAACAUCUCCUUUAACAAACACAUCGGCACCCGAGGCUGGCAGGCGGCCGCGCACAUGAUGAGGAAGACGAACUGCCUGCAGUACCUGGACGCCCGAAACACGCCCUUGCUGGACCACUCGGCUCCUUUCGUGGCCCGCGCCCUCCGGAUCAGCAGCAGCCUGGUGGUCCUGCACCUGGAAAACGCCAGCCUCUCGGGACGCCCGCUCAUGCUCCUGGCAACGGCUCUGAAGAUGAACAUGAACCUGCGGGAGCUGUACCUGGCCGAUAACAAGCUGAACGGGUUGCAGGACUCGGCACAGCUCGGCAACCUGCUGAAGUUCAACUGCUACAUACAGAUACUCGACCUGAGGAACAACCACAUCCUGGACUCAGGUUUGGCGUACAUCUGCGAAGGGCUGAAGGAGCAGCGGAAAGGGCUGGUCACUCUGGUUUUGUGGAACAACCAGCUGACUCACACCGGCAUGGUGUAUCUGGGGAUGACGCUGCCUCACGCUCAGAGCCUGGAGACCUUGAACCUGGGCCACAACCCCAUCGGGAACGAAGGCGUCCGUAACUUGAAGAACGGGCUGAUCGGGAACCGCUCCGUCCUUCGUCUGGGCUUGGCGUCCACCAAACUGACCUGCGAAGGUGCCGUGGCCGUGGCGGAAUUCAUCGCAGAGAGCCCGCGGCUGCUGCGCCUGGACCUGCGAGAGAACGAGAUCAAGACGGGCGGUCUCAUGGCGUUGUCCCUGGCUCUGAAGGUCAACCACUCGCUCCUGCGCCUCGACCUGGACAGGGAGCCCAAGAAGGAGUCGGUAAAAAGUUUCAUCGAAACCCAGAAGGCUCUCCUGGCCGAAAUCCAGAACGGCUGCAAGCGCAACUUCGUCCUGGCCAAAGAGAAGGAGGAGAAGGAGCAGAAGCUGCAGCAGUCGGCCUCGAUGCCGGAGAUCACCGUGACGGAGGCUCUGGAGGAGGGUCAGGCAGAGGACGGCCGAGACGGCAGCGCCGCCUCCCCGCCGGAAGAGGGGGAAGAAGCCGGGGAGACCCCGACGACCUCGGAGAACGGAGAUGCGGAGCCGGCGGAGGAUGACGACGAUGACGGAGGCGACGUGACGGACUCAGAUUCGGACACGGACGAGGAAGCCGAUGUUGGGUUAGAGACAAAGGACUUGAGCGAGCAGCCGAAACGGCCCGGCUCCGCCGACGGCAAAGCCGCGCCCCGGCCGCUGCUGUCCCCGGAGAAGCCGAGGGACCGGCCGCCCCCGUUGCGCGUCGCCGAGGAGUCGCAGCGUGACGUCGGCGCGGGGAGUCCUGCCGCCUCUCCGGCCUCUGCGCCCUCCCAGGGAAACGAGAGAAGGAUUUCGGUUUCCAGUCCCGGGCGAGGUCAUAAAAUCUUUGUGGUGACGCGAGUGGAGAGCCUGCCGGAGCGAGCCGCCGAGGCCGUCGCGAAACCCGCUGAGCCCCAAAGCCCAGCUCCGGCCCCAAAUCCUGAACUCCCGGCUGCGCGGGCGAACGGAGCGGUUCCCAAAUCCUCUGCCGGCUCGGUAACGACGAGCUCCGGCUCCGACCCCGAGCGGGGCGAUGCCGCGGCCUGCGAGAGCGCGGCCCACGAAACGCCCCUCCCCAACGGGCUGAAGACGGAUUUUGCACGAGCGCUGCCGGAGGCGUCCUCGGACGGCGACGGGAAGACGGGGACCUGCGCCGCCGAGCACGAGCUGAGCUGCUCCAAAAACGAGCGGGAGCUGGAGGAGCUGCUCCUCGAGGCCAGCCAGGACGCGGGGCAGGAGCCGCUGUGACCGCAGGUUUUCGGGGGCCGCUCGGCGUCGAGGGGAGGCUCCGGCGUAGCUUUAUUCUCUUCCCGCUCCACACAACGAUUAAGAAAUCAACCUCGGGCUUCAGGACGAAGGGUUAUUUUAAAAAAAAAAAAAAAAUUUUUCUUUUUUUUUUUUUUUCCCCCAAAAAAACCCAGUUUCCUGCUCCCCGGAAUCUCUUCCCCAGGCGCCCGCCUCGCUUCUCCUGCGCGCGGGGACCCUGCCGCGUCCCCGGGGCGAUGGAGGGAAGGGAAAGAGAGCAGAGAAAAAUGAACCCAGCCGGGGGACGUCGCGGCUCCCGGCCGUCCCUGCCCUCGCCGGACACUACCCGACACCUUCGCCUUUUUUUUUUUUUUUUACUUUAUUUUAUUUUAUUUUUUUUUCCUUAUCUUUCUCCGAGGAGGAGAUCCCGCGCCGGGGCGAAGGCGAAACGGCAAUCGAUCCCGCCGGGAGAUUAAAACCACACACUACAGGGAAUCGGCGACGCCGGCGGCGCCGCGUGCCGGGAGGAGGACGGAAGCGGCGCGGUUGAGCUGCCCUCGCCCGCGGGGGAGCGUCGGUCACUAAAGAUACCCAGGACAGGCUGCGUCCGCAGCCGCGAUGGUUAUUUAUUUUUCAGUUCCUUUUUUUUUUUUUUUCGGUUCGUUCGUUCGUUCGUUCGUUUUCGGUAUAUAUUUAUCAUCGGCUGCAAAGUUACUGGGGGUGGCGAGUUAGAGGAUGGUGUUAGAAUUAAUUAAUUCCUUCUGGGCUAACCUGCAACUGAACUCCUGCUCCUGGGCUGCCGGGAAAAAAAAAAAAGAAAAAAAAAACAAAAAACCCAACCAGAAACACAAAAAGCAGCAUUUUGGUGGAGCCCCCCCCCCCCCCAAAAAAAAAAGAUAAAUCCCCGGCGCGGGGGGGAUCCGAGGUGGGAACCCCAACGCCGGUACCCUCGGCGUCCUCCCCGUCCCGCUUUCCCAACUUUGGGGAUCCCCGGAGCGGGAAAAACCGGCCGGCGUGGGGUGGGCGUCCGCUGGCGGUGACACCCCCAGCGCCGCCGCCGUCGCCGCCUCCCUGCGCGCCCCAGGGCCCGCCGAGCCCCUCCGGGUCGAGCGGCCGGUUUUCUCAGGGAGGGGGCGAAGGGUCCUGCCCGGCGUCACCGGCGUUCGCCGGCGCGGAGAAGGGGAGAGGCCGCGUCGCUUUUCUUUCUUAAGUGCAAUAAAUCUAUCAGGGAGCUGCGGGCGCGGGGCACCGGGCA